CCCCGCCCCCUCCCCGGAGCUGGUAUAUAGGUGGCUCCUGCGCCUCCCCCGUUUCAGUGUGUUACUUACCUCGACUCUUAGCUUGUCGAGGGCUGUAACGAGAACCCGGGUAUCCCUGCUUCUAGUCGCUGCUUAACCCACAUACCACCAUGCGUGAGUGCAUCUCUAUCCACGUCGGCCAAGCUGGUGUCCAGAUUGGCAAUGCCUGCUGGGAGCUGUACUGCCUGGAGCAUGGUAUCCAGCCUGAUGGGCAGAUGCCAAGUGACAAGACCAUUGGGGGAGGAGACGACUCCUUCAACACCUUCUUCAGUGAAACAGGCGCUGGCAAACAUGUCCCCAGAGCAGUAUUUGUAGAUCUGGAACCAACUGUCAUUGAUGAAGUUCGCACUGGAACCUACCGCCAGCUCUUCCACCCUGAACAGCUGAUCACUGGAAAGGAAGAUGCCGCCAAUAACUAUGCCCGUGGGCACUACACUAUUGGCAAGGAAAUCAUUGACCUGGUUCUAGACAGGAUUCGGAAGCUGGCUGACCAGUGCACAGGUCUCCAAGGCUUCUUGGUUUUCCACAGCUUUGGUGGUGGGACUGGUUCUGGUUUCACCUCUCUGCUGAUGGAACGUCUGUCCGUUGAUUAUGGCAAGAAGUCCAAGCUGGAGUUCUCCAUUUACCCGGCCCCACAGGUUUCCACAGCUGUAGUUGAGCCCUACAAUUCCAUUCUGACCACCCACACCACCCUGGAGCACUCUGAUUGUGCCUUCAUGGUAGACAAUGAGGCCAUCUAUGAUAUCUGUCGCAGAAACCUUGAUAUUGAACGCCCAACUUACACUAAUCUGAAUCGCCUUAUUAGCCAAAUUGUGUCCUCCAUCACUGCCUCUCUCCGAUUUGAUGGUGCCCUGAAUGUGGAUCUGACAGAAUUCCAGACCAACCUGGUGCCCUAUCCCCGUAUCCAUUUCCCUCUGGCCACAUAUGCCCCAGUCAUCUCUGCUGAGAAAGCCUACCAUGAGCAGCUUUCUGUAGCAGAGAUCACCAAUGCUUGCUUUGAGCCUGCCAACCAGAUGGUGAAAUGUGACCCUCGCCAUGGUAAAUACAUGGCUUGCUGCCUGCUCUACCGUGGUGAUGUGGUUCCCAAAGAUGUCAAUGCUGCUAUUGCCACCAUCAAGACAAAGCGUAGCAUCCAGUUUGUGGAUUGGUGCCCGACUGGCUUCAAGGUUGGCAUCAAUUAUCAGCCUCCCACUGUGGUUCCUGGUGGUGACCUGGCCAAGGUACAGCGGGCUGUGUGCAUGUUGAGCAACACCACAGCCAUUGCCGAGGCCUGGGCUCGCCUGGACCACAAGUUUGAUCUGAUGUAUGCCAAGCGUGCCUUUGUCCAUUGGUAUGUGGGGGAGGGCAUGGAGGAAGGAGAGUUCUCUGAGGCCCGGGAGGAUAUGGCUGCCCUGGAGAAAGAUUAUGAGGAGGUUGGUGUGGAUUCUGUUGAAGGAGAGGGUGAAGAGGAAGGAGAAGAGUACUAGUUACCCCUUCCAUACAGCUCUGCCGCAUGUUGCAUUCAAAACUCAUCAGCUUAAACAGGCUUAGCUUAUCUGUAACCUAGGCGACUGUUUAGAAGGUACACCAUGAUGGUAUGAAGGCAGCCUUGAUAGUAUAGCUAGCUAUCUGGUUAGUUUGUCUACACUAUCAAAACUGUGAUCAUGUCUUGAGUUUUCCAUGUGUCUCUGUAAAAACAUUUUCCAUCAUGUCUAUGAAAUUAAACGCUUUAAGGAAAAAUACA